UCACGGAUCAGUACAAGAGAAGAUCGGCCAGUCCGUCUGCAACAAGAUAGCGGGCAUCGACCACGACGACAUAUCUCGGUCUCGAUCUUUUCAACAGGGAAAUCCUAGCUUGUGGAUCUUCGGGCCACCUCAACAUUUGCGAUUGGAAGAGCCAAGUCUGAUCAACGGGGAUUACAACGCUACACAGCAUCGCUUCACCCAUCUUAAUCAUGUUGUCAGACGUGAAUAUGGACGACCCGGAUGAGAGCGCCAAACAGUCUAUCUUCCCUAAACAAGCACAACCGAAGUUUCAAUCAUUUCCCACGGCACAUGAAUCACAGCAGCAACGAGGCGGCGAAUUUGGAUUCCCCUCGAUGCCGCUGCAGUUGGAAUCCAAUUCUGCCUCUGGAUCUUCCGACUCGAUCACGGGAGGUGCCGGAACGACGCAGACGAAAGAUCGAAACCCGAUGACCACCCCCCAGAAACCUAUCCAGCUUGGAGGUGGAGCCAAAGCCACACCGACAGGUUCCGGGCCUGCGUCCGGCUUGUCGAGAAGGAUGUCGGGGAAAAUGUCAUUAGGCAGUCUAGGAUCCGCUAGUCCUCAUGGAUCUUCCUUUACUACGCAUAGAGAUUCUCAACCAGGUGUGCCUGAUACACCGGUCUUGUCCCCGCCUUCGAAUAUCAUGGGGAUGGGAAUCACGUCUCCCCCUCUACACGGAUCCAUCUCGCCCACAUCCAAGAUGAACAUGAAUCCACCUAUGCAAUCCCCCUUCGCCAAUGUACCCGCCAACUCCCCUUGGGCACAUUUGGCAGCAACUUCAGGAAUACCGACGCCGAGUCUGGAUGGGCCUGGAGGUCCGAUUCAUAGCCCUUUCGGGCCUGGGCCGGGGGCAGGGGCGGUCUUUGGAGGACAGGGUAGGAGCAUCUCGCCCCAUCUGGGAGCGCCUUUCGAGUUGCUCAACCUUGGGGGAAGCGGUAGUAAUCCGCCGGGCGCAGGAGCGGGAACGUCGAAAUCUCCGCCUAUGGGAUGGCCGGGAGCCUUUUCCGGGAACAACAUGACGGCCCAGACUCCCGGUUUGGGGUCUAGCAACAUGACCGAUCCGUUUUCUAGCCUCCCUGCACCCGGUUCGUCUUCGGGCAGAGUAGCUGGAGGAAGGGAGGUCGGGUCCGGGUUGGAGUCGUUGGCCGCCAAGUUGGCUAAACGGCGAGGCAGCAAGAGCGGGCCGAGCGCCUUGAGUCAGAGCGUGUUGCCGAGUACGGAUGAGCCGAUGGAAAAGGGUGGAGAGAAGGCAGCUGUCGGAGGUAAGGAGAAUCCGAAUAUGCCAGGUCAGAACGCUAUGACCGGAGGAUCGGGAUCGUGGGGUCCCGUAUCUGGACCCGGUCGGUCAAAUCUGAACUUGCCCGGUGGAGCUCCCAUGAAACUCAACUUGCCAUCCGGUCUGGCAGGUCGGUUGGGCAGUACACCAGCCCCAACCUCGACGUCGUCGACGCCUGGGACGAGCUUGUCGAAACCCGCUGCGACGGCGGGUGGGAAGGGUAACAACACUAUACCUCAGGCUCUGCUUCCUGUUCAACUCGCCUCGAUGCUAGGUCAAUCCGAAGGCCAGGUCCUCAUCCUCGACAUUCGACCUCCUUCGAGCUACGUCCAAUCCCACCUGCCCGGAGCCUUGUCAUUGCCGGUCCCGUCAACGCUCUUAAAACGACCGGCUUUUACCGUCGAAAAGCUCGCUCAGAUGUUGUCUGCUCGAGCUGCGAGCGCCAUUGUCGAUUUCAAGACGGCUCAGGAGAUUGUGAUCGUGGACCAAGAUUCCCCGAUUGCCGCUCCAGGAAGCGUUAUUGUCGGUCUGGCGAGCAAGUUUGGGAAUGCCAUGACCGAGACCGAAUCCCGUGCCAAGCAGGGACAUGUCCAUUUCGUAAAGGGCGGGAUGGCUGCGUGCUCCGAUUUGGAAGGUGUAACCCUGGAGACUGGCCAGGAAGAGUCGUCCGAGGACGAGACGGAUGCACAAGUGGCUGGUUCAAACGGUCCCGGUAGUCCGACUGAACAACCGGGGCGGAUGAUUGGCCGGUUGGACCGUAUGGCGUUCUCGUCGGCUUCCGCGUCUGGGGUUGGCACCCGACGAGCUAACGCUCCCAAAUCGUUGACCCUGCCCAACACCCCUGCAAACGCCUUGGGACAGUCUGGAGGCAGCCCGAUGCAGGUCCUGCGCAAUGAAGGCGACGGUCCGACGUCGGGAACACAGAGAUCUGCGACGACGUCGCCUCGAUCAGGACCUCGACCUAGUCCUGGCCGCGUGCAGAUGACGGAAAAGCAAAAGUUGCAACCGGCCAACCCGUUCUUCGAUAACAUCCGUCAGAACCUGGAACUUGCGCACGGCGGUAUUCUGGAACGCAUUCCGCUUGAACUGCCAGACGAUGUCAAGGCUCGGGCCAAUGAACUACCCGAUUUCUUGCGUGACAUGUUGACGCGUCCUUCGCCGGAAGUCGCCGAGCAGUUGGCCAAAGAGUUCGAAAGGGUGGAACGGGACGAACAGAAACGUCUACAAGGAAUCAUGGAAUGGCACUCCAGAGGAACACGUCUCGCCGAGUCUCAGGGGCCUGUGAAUCCUGGCGGUCUCAAGCGACUCGCUAGUACCGGGUAUAUCAGGACCUCUGAGACGCAAGCCGACGUGGACAAACAUGAGCAGGACGACUACUUUCCAUUCUCGAUUACUGCUGGUGUCGAGCGAGGAUCGAAGAACCGGUACAAGAACAUCUGGCCCUAUGAUUUCUCUCGUGUGCGACUCAAGGAAAAGUGUUAUGACGACGGAUCCGACUACAUCAACGCCAACUUUAUUCAACCUCAAGGAACCACAAAGAGGUAUAUCGCGACCCAAGGCCCCUUGGAUGCAACUUUCAGAGACUUUUGGACGUUGGUAUGGGAGCAGCAGGUUCACGUCAUUGUUAUGUUGACGAAGCAGUUCGAGGGAGGAGCGUGCAAGUGUGGUGCAUACUGGACUGCCGGACAAUAUGGACCUUUCCAUCUCGAACACGUUUCAACCGAGGGAGGCGAAGACACUGCCGAAAAGGACGUUUCCGGCUUCAACUUCCACGUCGGCGGCAACUCUGGACCCUCAUCAGAAGCCCCCAAUAUCAAGCGGACAUUCUUGCUCUCGCACAGCGAGCAUCCGGAAGAAAAGCCUCGCAAGGUCAUCCAGUUACAAUGCGUGGCUUGGCCCGACUUUGACGUGCCAGAGGAUCCAAGGUUGUUGCUGGGUCUAGUCAAGGAAGUCGAUAAGGCCGCUGUAGACGUACCGGAUGAAAAUGCCGAUCAGUCUCGGAAGGCGCCAGUACUUGUGCAUUGCUCGGCUGGUGUCGGUCGUACAGGCAGCUUUAUGGUGGUAGACUCGAUCUUGGAUGGCUUGCGCCGCGAGCACCAAAGACAGCAUCGCAAGAUCCGAGGGUCUGUUUCAAGUGCGAGGGGUCGCAAGGGCGGUGUACCUGGCGAAGGCGGCGUGGAAGACAGACGUCCGUCCUCGGCCUCGUCUCUCGCCAGCGGCGAAUCGCCGUUGGCGUCUUACCAGUCGAAUUCGAGUCUCCAUCGACUGGCUUCGAGUCACCUGUCCAAUUUGGCUUCUCCCAACAAGGAAAGCGCCGUUCUGGACAAGUCUCCUGAGCCAACCAGGAUGGCUUCGCCCGACUCCAUGAGCUUUGACAGGCCUAGUUUGGCGCAGAGUUUGGGAGCUGACGGGGCGGGCAACCCUGGUGAAGCCAAGGCCAGUAAUUCCGACGCCGUCGAAGGCGAAAUGUCUUUUGUCCCGCUCAUCACCGGCGAACAACAGAACGAUGGCGAGGUCCACUCGAUCUCUGACAUGGAACGUCCAGUGCAGAAUGUGCUCGGCGGCAUGCGGGUCCAGCGAAUGAGUCUCGUGCAGAGUCUGAGGCAGUAUGCGUUCGUGUAUCGAGCCAUUAUCUACGGCUUCUUGGACAUUUUGGACGAGGAAAGGGAGGCCGAAGCCGAGAUUGCGGCCAUGCAUGAAGGUCGAGGUCUUGGCUCGGGUACGAACACCGACGAGGAGUCCCACAUCAAACGACGAGCUUCGCCGACGUCGUUGAGCGGAACAAACCUGCACAAGUUGCAUAAGCGCCCAAGUAUCAAGAUUACCCGUGGUCCUCCGAAGAAGGUUGAAGGCCAAGAGAGCCAAAGAACCUCGAGCGGUCUAUCAAACGAGACUUCGCGGGAAAAAGAUCCCGCCCGACGCAGCAGUAUGGACACCGACUAGAGCUUGUCGUCGAGACGAUAGAGGACGACUUCCGGUUUGGUUUGGUUUUCUCUUCACGUCAUCUUCAUCUUCCCAUCGGCUCUGUCAGAACCGGUGUGGAAUCACCGCAAGGACUUGCUGUAUCACCGUAACAUAUGAGCCGGCUGGGUCUCCAACUGCGAGACCGGCCGACUGGCUGUAUCUAAUAGUGCUGGUUCUGAGACAAUCUAUCGCAUACAUGUAUUAUCAUUA